CACUGAGUGUGAGGGAGGCAUGUGUUGUGAGGUGAGGCGCUGUCUAGCGCGUGUGAGGCAGGUUGAUUCUUGUGUCCUAGUGAACAGUGUUGCGUCCCCCCAGUGUUGCGUCCCGCCAGUGUUGCGUCCUGCCAGUGUUGCGUCCCGCCAGUGUUGCGUCCCGCCAGUGUGUGAGGGUAAACAAACACGUGCGAGCUGACCCGGCAACGCUGAGGGAGAUGAGAAACAUGAGGAAGGUGUUGAUGGUGAUGUUGGUACACUUGAUGAACCUGUGUUGCCCCUGGUCGAUGACCAACGUGUUGAUGGCGGGAACCAAGGGCGGCCUUCCCCUGAGGGCGAGUGUGGAGGCCGGCGUCCAGCUGGGGGUCCAGGAGUGCCGGACACAGUUCAGGUGGGAGCGGUGGCCCUGCCCUGCCCUUCACUUCACCACCAUGCACAUGAAGAAACCAAUGACAAGAGAGAACGCGUUCGUGCAGGCCAUCAGUUCGGCUGCCGUCACCUUCAGUAUAGCCAGGAACUGCUCCCGGGGGCUCCUGGAGGGGUGUUCCUGCUCCCGGAGCACAGCGGACCGGGGCCGAGACUGGGGGUGGCGGGGCUGCCCCGAGAGCGUCAACUACGGCGCCCACAUGACGAGACAACUCCUAGACGCCGUGGAUGUGGGCCAAGAUCACCAGGCUCUUGUCAACCUCCACAACAAUGAGGCGGGCAGACUUGCUGUGAAGAGAUCAAUGCGUCAGUCGUGCAAGUGUCAUGGUGUUUCCGGCUCCUGCACCACCCAGACCUGCUGGCUCCGCCUAGUAAGUUUCACCAGCGUGGGAAGCGCCCUUAAGAAGUGGUACCGACGCGCUCUCAAGCUGAAGGACUCCAACGCUCUAACCGCAGCCACAAGCUCUCUGGAAGAGACGCCUCAGAGCCAAGGCAUGUCUAUACCCAACAUAGACCCAAGACGCCUGGUGUACCUUGCUGACUCACCGGACUACUGCCUUCCCAACCACACUGAAGGUUGGGCGGGAACAGCAGGACGCCAGUGUUCGAGGGAGCGGGGAAAGAACGUGACCCUGGAGGAGAGGAGGUCGUGCCGGAGGCUGUGUAGGGAGUGUGGCCGACCAGUUACUAAGGCCGUCUCGACGGUAACUACCUCCUGCAACUGUAGCUUCAGGUGGUGCUGCGAGGUGCAGUGCGAGAGCUGCGUCAACUCCGUCAUCAAGUUCACCUGUGGCUCAGCGCGCACACACACCUCGUCUAUCACAAAACUAUAAACGUGUUUAACUUCUGAAAUUGUUGAAUUAAUUCUCACUGGAGUAUUUUUCAUGUUUACAUAAAUCUUUA